GCCUCGGCGGGCGCCAUGUCGGCCCCGGCCGGAAGCGGCGGCGGCGGGCAGCCAAUGGGCGGGCGGGGGCGUGGCGCUGAGGCGGGCGCGGGUGUCAUCAUGGCGGCGCCGGGGGUGCUGAGAUGGUGGUGGCGGCGGUUGGUGUUGGGUGACUGGGCGAGCUGGUGUCCUGCUCCGCCGUGCCGAGGACGAGCGCUGCCGAGGCCCCUGCCGGGUCCUACCUGUGCAGUUGGCCGCCCGCUGCGGUGGGCAUCGUCCUUCUCCCAGCUGGGCCCAACCGAGAGUGACCCCAGCGAGGGACAGGUCUUCCUCAGCCAAAGCUGCGUGAAGAGGCUGCUGGAGAUCACAGAAGGCUCAGAGUUUCUCAGGCUGCAGGUAGAAGGAGGUGGCUGCUCUGGAUUCCAGUACAAGUUUUCCUUGGACACAGUUAUCAAUCCUGAUGACAGGGUGUUUGAACAAGGUGGUGCCCGUGUAGUUGUGGAUGUGGAGAGCCUGGCCUUUGUGAAAGGUUCCAUGGUGGACUUCAGCCAGGAGCUGAUUCGCAGUUCCUUCCAGGUGGUGAGCAACCCUCAAGCAGAAAAGGGUUGCUCGUGUGGGACUUCCUUCUCUGUCAAAUUCUGACUGGACUUCCCAUGGAUGGACACUGUCUGCAGACACUUCCCGGCAGUCUUCAGAGGGUUUUUGCUUGUUCUUCUCCCAGCUGCUCCCUCUCAUCUUCCUUACCCUGUAACACAGCUGUUACACAUGAUGGUAGCUGUAUGUAUGUCUGCACUGAGCUGAUCUCCAAGACUCAUUGGCCUUCCCUUCAGAAACAUGAAGUAGCACACAAGAGCAUCUUCAGCACCCUGUGAACUACUGGCCAGGUGGUGCUGACUCGCCUACCCUGUCCUGAAUGUCGAACCACUUAACGGCUUGUCAGCAAGAAAUGGCUGUGUAUAUAUACGUGUGUGUGCAUUUAUUGAAAGUUCUUACUAAAAAAGUGUUUGAGAUUGGUUGGUAUUGCUCAUAUGUUCCCAUGUGGGUAUAAUCUGGGUUCUCUCAGGUACUGUUGCUUAUCCCUUGUCUUCCAGCUGAAUGGAACUCAGUCUCUCCUGUACACCUCCUAGUGUUGCUGGCUCUCCACAGUGGGAUUUCCUAGAUACUUUGCUGUUCUUUUACCCAGCAGGCUUCUCUUCGUCCUAGGAGCCUACAGUGGUUUUGCUGUCAGUCCCUGGGAUGACAGUUUUUACUUGUUCAGAGUAAAUGAAGCUAAAAAAUUGAGGUAGGAAGAAUUAAUAGCUAUGGUUUUUUAUUUAAAAGAACUUAUUUAAAAAAAAAAAGAAAAAGCUUUUUUGUGUGUGUAUAUAUAUAUAAAUAAAAUACACAGCCCUCCAUCCCUCAGUACUAUUUUAGGCUGUUCCUAAACCUGACUUGGAAUUUUAGGUCAUACAAAUGCUCAGGUUUCAUAGAGUGUCUUCUGCCUUCCCAUGCCACUGGGAAGGAAAGUUCAGGUGACAGAGGCAGAGGAGGAUCUGGAGUACUACUUAAGGGUCCUUAAGACCUUUUGACUUAGUUGUCUGAGAAUCUUUUCCAUAACUUGCUUCACUGUUUAAUCUCUGUCUAACUAGUGCCUGGUUUGAUGGAAGAAUGCAAUAGCUCCUUUCUUUUGUGGAACUCCCAUGGAAUGUGAAAUCUAGAAGCUUCCAGAAUAAGAUUCUUGUGAUUAGUUGUUUUCUGUAGUUUUCUAUCCACCACUAGUUGUCUUUUAAAACAAAGUGAUUCACCUGCUUCUGGGUGAAAGGAGAGGUGGGGAAGCUAUUUUUGUUUCCUCUCUUGUGUUUUAUCUGAUCAUAACCAAAUUGUCUAUAAGACUCAAGUCUUUCAUGUGAGUGUGGGAGUGCUGCAUGACUUUGGUCUCAAGGCAACUGCUUAUGGCAAACCAGGAGCUUCUUAAGACUCCAUGCCACAGGCAUUUUUGUUGUUAAGCUUCCCACAUGCCUUUCUAAACCAAUCAGCAGUGCAUACAUACAGCACUGAUUUGCCUGUUGAUUUCUAGCACUCAGAGUGUUGAUAGCCAGCUAGUUUCAGUUUCAUUCAUAGCUGUUACAGGAGUUCAUGUGUGAUCUGCUCUGACUUUGUCACAUGGGGAAUAUGGACAGGAUUUGGAGUGGCAUCUUUUUUGAUUUAGCCUUUUCCAUUUCUUUUUCCUGCAGUCAACAAGUUCUACCUAGUUAUGUUGCUAUCAGAGCGAGCUGGAUGUAGCACUGUUCCAUUUUGUAAAAGGAUGUGAUUAAAAGACUUUGUCUAAACUGCU